AUGGAAUACAACUCCUAUCGGAGGGAUCACCCCAUCGACAGCCUGGAGAGGCAGCUCAUCUGCCCUAUUUGCUUGGAGAUGUUCACCAAACCUGUGGUAAUCCUGCCUUGUCAGCACAACCUGUGCCGGAAAUGUGCAAAUGACAUAUUUCAGGUGAGUAAUCCCAGUUGCAGCCUUCUGCUCCUAGGGAGAUCUCGUGGGACAACCUUGGGCUCCGCAGGCCGCUUUCGCUGCCCAUCCUGUCGCCAUGAAGUGGUGCUGGACAGGCACGGUGUCUAUGGCCUGCAGAGGAAUCUACUAGUGGAGAACAUCAUUGAUAUUUACAAACAGGAGUCAGCAAGACCUCUGUUAAAGACAGAACACCCAAGCUGCGAAGAGCAUGAGGAAGAAAAGAUCAACAUCUACUGCAUGACGUGUGGGGUGCCCACCUGCUCCCUCUGCAAGGUCUUCGGGGAGCACAAGGAGUGUGAAGUAGCUCCCCUGUCGGACAUCUACAUGAAACAGAAGUCUGCGCUGACAGAUGGGAUUGGAGCCCUUGUGGCCACCAAUGACAGAAUCCAGGCCUUCAUCGAUAACUUGCAAGGCACAUGCAGGAACAUCGAGGACAACGGCAAGGCCCAGAAGCAGGCUCUGUGUGAGAAGUUUGACCGCAUGUAUGCCAUCUUGGAGGAGAGGAGGAAGAUCAUGCUGCAGAGGAUCACCUAUGAACAGGAGGAGAAGACCCAGCACCUGAAGUCCCUCACCAGGUCGUACAGUGAACACACCGAGUCAUCCUCCAAGCUGGUGGAUGCAGCGUUGCAGUCCAUGGAGGAGCUGCAGAUGGCCGUCUUUGUGCAGAAUUCCAAAGUUCUCAUACAGAAAAUUUCCGAGGUGACCCAGAGCUGUGAAGUGGAGGCGCUGGAGUCUGGUUAUGACAAUAUGGAGCACUAUGCUGUGGAUUUCAAUGCCGAGGAGCGGGUGCUGUAUCAGUUGGACUUCAUUAAAGUUGAUGAGUCCGAAGAAGGGGCAGAGGAAGGAGAGGAAGACCCGGUGUGGGGGGAGGCUGAAGGUGCAGCAGCAGAGUCCGUGGCAGAAGGGCAAGUGGCCAACAGAGAGGGCAGAGAGGAGACCCUGAACGUCCCUGAGGACGGAAAGGAAGAGGAGGCCGAAGGAAAAGCCCUGAUGUUAACGGAGGCUGAGAGUGAAACUGCUGGGGAAGCUGAUGCCGUGGCUAAACUACCAGGUUCAUCUCAAGCUGCAGAGUCGGAUGUCCCAGCUGGCAAAGAGGGAGCUGAGAGAGAGCCGGGCACUGCCCAGCAGGUAAUGGCUUCAGGACUCUCCUGA